AGCCAACUUUUCAAGAACGAAAGAUGAGCAACUCCAUUCUGGUAGAGGUUCUUUCAUUGGAGAAUUUUUGAGCUACAAUAAUCCUUUUAACGCUGCGCACACAUACAGGGAUUACACGUGUAGGGGAUUAAAACCACAGUUAAGUUGUAGGUUGAAGGGGCUGUUAAGGACUUCAGGCAACAUUAAAUCAACACUCUGUUCUUUUCUGUGUUCCACAUCUGGGCGCCUCCUGUAUAGCAGUUGUUGCUCUAGGUGCUAGAGGUAUACAGAGGAACUGGACAGGGCAAGGAAAAGAAAAGGCUCCUUCUUUCGAAGAACUAGCAUUCUCUUGGAAGAGACAAGCUUGUGGUGAGAAGUAUAUUUGUGAAAUCUACGAGGGGAGGGAGCAGCGCAGUAAUAAAACGGGUGAUCCUUUGUUGAUUUCUUAUUGGGUUCUGGCCUGAAAGGCGACUGUAUAAUCAGCUGGGAUUCCUGCAAUGAUUAACAUUCCAGGAAGGGAAGCCAGCCUGUGAAGACGCUUGGCGUUGAAACAGGAAAUGGCGAAAAGUCUUUUGAAGACAUCCUCUCUGUCUGGAAGGACAAAAUUGCUACAUCAAACAGGAUUGUCACUUUAUAGUACAUCCCAUGGAUUUUAUGAGGAAGAAGUGAAAAAAAAACUUCAGCAGUUUCCUGGUGGAUCCAUUGACCUUCAGAAGGAAGACAAUGGCAUUGGCGUUCUUACUCUGAACAAUCCAAGUAAAAUGAAUGCCUUCUCAGGUGUUAUGAUGCUACAACUUCUGGAAAAAGUAAUUGAAUUGGAAAAUUGGACAGAGGGGAAAGGUCUCAUUGUCCGUGGGGCAAAAAAUACUUUCUCUUCAGGAUCUGAUCUGAAUGCUGUGAAAUCACUAGGAACUCCAGAGGAUGGAAUGGCCGUAUGCAUGUUCAUGCAAAACACCUUAACAAGAUUUAUGAGACUUCCUUUAAUAAGUGUUGCGCUGGUUCAAGGUUGGGCAUUGGGUGGAGGAGCAGAAUUUACUACAGCAUGUGAUUUCAGGUUAAUGACUCCAGAGAGUAAGAUCAGAUUCGUCCACAAAGAGAUGGGCAUAAUACCAAGCUGGGGUGGCACCACCCGGCUAGUUGAAAUAAUUGGAAGUAGACAAGCUCUGAAAGUGUUGAGUGGGGCCCUUAAACUGGAUUCAAAAAAUGCUCUAAACAUAGGAAUGGUUGAAGAGGUCUUGCAGUCUUCAGAUGAAACUAAAUCUCUAGAAGAGGCACAAGAAUGGCUAAAGCAAUUCAUCCAAGGGCCACCGGAAGUAAUUAGAGCUUUGAAAAAAUCUGUUUGUUCAGGCAGAGAGCUAUAUUUGGAGGAAGCAUUACAGAACGAAAGAGAUCUUUUAGGAACAGUUUGGGGUGGGCCUGCAAAUUUAGAGGCUAUUGCUAAGAAAGGAAAAUUUAAUAAAUAAUUGGUUUUUCAUGUGGAUGCACUCCAAGUAAAGCUCCAGUGAUGAAUAUGUAUAAAUGUUAAAUGAUAUUAAAUAUGAACAUCAGAAUUACUUUGAAGGCUACUAUUAAUAUGCAGACUUAUUUUUAAUCAUUUGAAUAUCUGAACUCAUUUACCUUAUUUCUUGCCAAUUACUCAUUUGGGUAUUUACUGCGUAAUCUGGAACAUUUAGCUAAAAUACACACUUUUGGCUUAAAAAUUAUUGCUGUCAAUUCCAAUAAUAAUUCUUAGCUUAUAACCAAAGAGCAGUGUUUAAAAGGAGAGCUUCUAUACAAAACCUAUUCCUGGUGUUACUUUUCAUAAAAUUUUUGUUCUGUCUUACCUGCAAAUAAUUUACCAAAAUAACUGAAUGAGUGUUGCUGUUAAAGAACAAAAGUGGGGAGGUAUCAGGGAAAAAGAAAACAAGAAAGGGGUAUGAUCAAUCAUUUUCUUCUGCUCCAAACAGCCGGAGUAAAAUUCAUGGGAAACAGCCCUUCAUUUAAAAAAAGAUGUACCUCACUACCCACUACAAAUUUGGAACUUUAUUUGAUCUUUUCAAUAAUUAGUUUUCUAUUGUAAAUUAUCUACUAAACCAUGGUAGCCAUGACAUGGAAAGUCAACUGAUUCUACAGUUGGACAUUCGUGUGCCCUGGAAUUUCCAACUAGUAAUAAACAACUACUGUUGAUGUAGUUUUAAACCACUCGAAGGGACUCAUGAAGCAUCCUGCAACAUAAAUUUGCAUUUUUACAUCAGAUUUCUUUUUUUUUCCUGAAAAACAACUAACCUUCUUUUAUUAACUAUCUUUCAAAAGUAAAUGUAAUAAAAAUGCACAACAUAAAAUUUUUGAUUAUCCCAGCAGUACACUUUUUAAAAAAUGUGAAAGUCAAAGAAUUAAGUUGUAGUUCUGACUCAUCACAAGAGGUCAAAAGUAUUUGCUACUGUAACAUUCAAUUCACAUUUGAGAAUCAUGGUAAAAAUAACUUGCAUUUGCCUUAUCAUCAUGAUCCUCCUGUUGAGUUAGGAAAAUAUGGUUAGACAGACUCACAUUACUUUUUUUCAGAGGUAAACUCUAGAUUACUGUGUCAACCCAAUACUAUUUGGCCAUAGAUGUAAAAACUACCAAAUAAAAGUGGAUUUUGUGGUCUAUAA